AUCAUGUACGCAAUGGACACCUUCAUUAGUCUAAAGCUAGCUUGAAAGCAACCUCUCAUUCUCAAAUGGCAGGCCAUUUGGUCAAAUGCCCCACCUUCAUUAAGAAAACUAUAACUGCAUUUCUUCUACCAGAUUUUGAUUUUUUUUUUUUUUUUAAUUUGGGGAUCUUGAGGCUUUUAAGUAUAUAUCAUAUAUGUUCACUAUAAUCUUCAUACAGAAUGCCGUUGGUGGUUGAGCUAUCCAUCCUUCCCUGAACUACCUACCAUUAAUUAGAUACAUGAUUCCAGCUUUGUUGCAGCUAAUAUACAAAGUUUUAGAGCUCUGGUUUCUCCAUUCUUCAGGUUUAAAUUUCCCUCUGAAUCAGUCUCUUUAUUAUUCAUACCUAACCAAAGACGUGUUGGGGUUUGUUUCCAUUUCAGCAUUUGUUUUUCUUUGGAGGGUCAACCAGUUCAGCUUCUUAUAGACUCUUGUCGAUAUUUAGUACACCAAUCUUUCUUCAUCGUACCAAAAAGAGGAACAAAGGAAAAUGGAUAGAGUACAGAUAGAUAAGGAGAGAUUGACGGCGGAGAUGGCGUUUAAAGACUCGUCCUCUGCCGUUAUCAGAAUUCGACAAGGGUUGCCCGAUUUUUUACAUUCCGUGAAGCUUAAGUACGUAAAAUUAGGCUAUGGGUACUCGUGCAAUUUAUCCACAAUUCUCAUGUUUGUUCUCAUAGUACCUUUGUCCAUAGCCACUCUGGUUCAGCUUACAGGUUUACUUGAGCGGGUUCAUGAGUUAUUUUCUAACCAGAAUCUUCAACUCAACAGCUUUGACGCAGCCAUCCAAGUUGCCAUUUCUGUUACACUAGUAUUUCUCUCGGCCUUUUACUUAUCCAAGCGUUCCAGGUCGGUUUACCUCGUGGAUUUCUCGUGUUACAAACCGGAAGAUGAACGUAAAAUGUCGGUGGAAUCAUUCUUGAAAAUGAGCGAAGAGAGCGGUGCCUUCGAAGAAGAAACACUGCAGUUUCAGCGGCGUGUAGCGAGCAGGUCGAGUGUUGGAGAUGAAACAUAUUUACCGAGAGGAAUAACAUCAAGACCACCAAAUCUUUGCAUGAAAGAAGCCCGGGCGGAGGCUGAAGCCGUCAUGUUCGGUGCACUGGAUUCCCUUUUUCACAAAACCGGUGUUAAACCGAGCGAUAUUGGGAUUCUUAUUGUCAAUUGCAGUUUAUUCAACCCAACCCCUUCUCUUUCUUCCAUGAUCGUGAAUCAUUACAAGCUCAGAACUGACAUCAAAAGCUACAAUCUUGGCGGCAUGGGUUGCAGCGCAGGUCUUAUAUCUAUCGAUCUAGCAAGAAACCUUCUUAAAACAAACCCAAACACGUAUGCAAUUGUUCUAAGUACCGAAAACAUCACUUUAAAUUGGUAUUUCGGCAAUGACAGAUCCAUGCUGCUAUGCAAUUGUCUGUUCCGCAUGGGCGGUGCUGCCAUUCUUUUAUCAAACAAGGCUCACGACCGGUCCCGUUCCAAAUACGAGCUGGUUCAUUUAGUUCGGACUCAUAAAGGCGCUGAUGAUAAAAACUACAAUUGCGUUUAUCAAAGAGAAGAUGAUAAAGGAACAGUUGGUGUUUCACUUGCAAGAGAAUUAAUGGCUGUAGCUGGAGAUGCAUUAAAGACCAACAUAACUACUCUGGGUCCUCUCGUGUUGCCACUGAAAGAGCAAUUUAUGUUCUUUGUCACGCUUGUUCGUAAAAAAGUUUUCAAAGCUAAAGUUAAGCCUUAUAUACCUGAUUUCAAGCUUGCUUUUGAACAUUUUUGUAUUCAUGCGGGUGGUAGAGGGGUUUUGGACGAGUUACAAAAGAAUUUGCAACUCAGUGAUUGGCACAUGGAACCCUCAAGAAUGACUCUGCACAGAUUUGGCAACACAUCUAGUAGCUCACUGUGGUAUGAGUUGGCUUACACAGAAGCCAAGGGGCGGGUUAAUGGCGGAGACAGGGUUUGGCAGAUUGCAUUCGGUUCCGGUUUCAAAUGUAACAGUGCUGUUUGGAGAUCGCUGAAAGGAGUUCCGGAGGGUGAGUGGCGGGGUAACCCGUGGGUUGAGUCCAUUGGCAAGUAUCCAGUUAAGAUUCCUGCGGCUUGAAUGCCUACGUACGUGUCUAUAAAUGACCAAGUGACGUGGCUGUAUUAUGUGUGCUUUUGUUUAGUCUCGGAAGGAGACUGACUUUCUAGAACUACAUGUAAAACUCCUGCCCAUGAAUGAAUUGGUAGGAAUUUAUUAAGUAAUAAAUUAUAUUUAAUAAUUUUGUACA